AGAAUUAGAAAGCAAGAAAGCAAGCAAAAGUAUCUCACUUACCGAGGACGGAACAGACGAGAGAUUUCGUAUUGCCCCGCCUCCAGCAGAAUUAAUGGCUGUGAUUUAUAUCCAUGUUAGAACUACCAAGAUUAAGUUACCAUAAGUCAAAGUUCGAGAUAAAAAGUAUAGAACCAAUCAACCAAAAGCUUAAUUUUUACCAAACGAUUCUUGAUGGUUAUACCUGCACAGUACAGCCACAAGAAAUCCAGACAGACAGGGAAGAAUGGCGAAGAUGAGCGCUGUGCCAGUGAUCGAUCUGAAAGAGUCUGGAGAUAAUCUCAAGAAGAAGCUGAGAGAGGCGUGCGAGGAGUGGGGAUGCUUCAUAUUGACGAACCAUCGUAUUGAUUCAAGUCUCAUGGCGGAGAUGAAGGUGGUUGCGAGAUCUCUGCUUGACCUUCCUGUAGAGAUCAAGAUGCGAAACACCGAACAAGUUGGUAAAGCAAGAGGCUAUAUUCCUCCAAAUUCUGAGAAUCCUUUCUUCGAGAGCUUGGGACUCUACGACAUGGUUUCUUCUCACGCUGUUCAAGCUUUCUGCUCUCAAUUAGAUGCUUCUCCUCACCAAAUGAAAGUGAUAGAGGCAUAUGGAAAAGCAAUUCAUGUGUUGUUGAUGGAUGUAUCAAAAAAGAUGGCAGAGAGUUUGGGUUUGGAAGAAGAAGCAGAUGGAUACUUUAAGGAAUGGGCAUGUCAUUUCAGAAUUAAUAAGUACAGUUUCACACCAGAAACGAUAGGGUUGUCUGGUGUGCCAAUGCACAUAGACCCAAGCUUCAUCACUAUUCUACAAGAUGAUGAAAAUGUUAGGCUUCAAGUGAUGAACAAUAAAUCUGGUUCCCUUGUUGAUGUCCCUCCUUGCCCAGGGAGCUUCUUUGCCGUUCUCGGUGAUAUUGCUCAUGUAUGGAGCAAUGGAAGGUUUGCUACAGCGAAACAUGGAGUAGAGUGCAAGGAAGCAAGCGUGAGAGUUUCAAUAGCUUCAUUCUUGUUGGGACCAAAGGAGGGAGACAUAGAAGCACCCAAGGAGCUUGUGGACUCUGAUCAUCAUCCUCGUCUCUUUCUUCCUUUUUCUUAUCAACAUUACAGGAAUCUUAGGAUGUCCCAGAAAUUCCAUGCUGAAGAAACCCUUUCCCAAGUACGCAGCCCUACAACCUUUGAUUAAAUUUAGACGGUCAAGAUUAGAAAAAUUCAUGUAACUUAAUUAUCUAAAUGUAAUAUUAUCGGUCUAAAUGUAGUCUUAUAUCACUAAGAAGGUGCAGGGAAUUAUAUAAGUUGUGUGCAUGUGAUUUUUUUGUUGUUUACUUGUUUUGAACUUACAAAAUUGUAUAAUUUGAUAAAUGUGGUGUACACUUCAGUUGUAUUUUUUGUUUCUUGUAGUUGACUAGUUGUGCUAUUUUUAUUACCACUUUGUAAGUUGUGUUUGUUUCAUGUAAAAAAGUGUAUUUGAUUACUCAAAAUUUAAAAAUGCAAAUAUCUCCAUGUAUAUUAGUUGCUUAA